AAGGAACAACAAAAAGAAAUGAAGAAUACAUGGGGAAUAGUUAUAGCUGUUGCAGCGUUUCUCAUUCAGUUUAUAAUAUUUGGCAUCUGCCUCUCCUUCGGUAUCUAUGUUAUAGAACUACAAAACGAGUUUGAAACAGGGCUAUCCAUAAUUUCAUCUAUUGGAUCCAUCCACUUUGGCUUUCUACUUUGUACAGGACCAUUUGCCAGUUUUCUAAUGCGGAAGAUAUCUUACAGAAAGGUUUGUUUGCUGGGAGCCAUAAUGAGCAGUGCUGGUCUAUCUCUUUUACCAUUUACUCCAAAUAUUCCCUAUUUAAUUGUGUUCUUUGGAGCAUUAACGGGUACUGGCUAUAGUUUUCUCUACAUUUCGUCUUAUACCCUUUCUGGACUCUGGUUUAAAAACAAUCGAGGUCUAGUUACAGGUAUCGUCAGUUCCGGUUCCUCACUUGGUGGCGUUGCGUUUCCAUAUCUGAUUGAAUUUUUGAUUGGGAAGUUUGGAUGGAGAGGUUCCUUUUUUAUACUUGCAUCGCUGAAUUUACAAACGGUCGUUUUCUCCUGUCUAAUCAGAGAAUCACCCAUGCAAAAGGCGUGGGUAAAAUCAAGAACUAAGAAUAUCAACAAUAACCUCACCAACAGUACACAGACAAUCGAUGAAGUUAGAAAGAAAUUUAUAAACAAUGGAACAAAAUUUGAAAAUUGUGUUCCAAUACAAACAGUUACAGACCAAACAAGAAUCGACAAACAAAUUAAAUAUACUGUAAAAAAGUCAAGCACGAUGAAACUACUUACUAAUUUACCAUUUGUUCUAUUUACGAUAAAUAAUGUUUUGUGGAAAUUUGGUGGCUCUGUACAGUUGCUUCUUGGGCCAGACUAUUACACUAAAGUUGGCUUUGACUUAAGACAAGCAGCUUCGCUCUUAUCCAUACAGCAAGGUACAAUGGUGGUCGGUUGUGUUGUCGGUGGAAUUCUUGGUAAUCUCCGCAACAGAAACAGUUUAUUUAUAUUCUCAAACCUUUCAUCGGGUUUCUGCAUACUUGCCUACACAUUUCCAGUUCUACAAACGAUGGCGGGUCUUGCUAUAAUCAACUCUCUCUUUGGAUUGAGUUCGGGGAUAGGUCUUGGAUUGAUCGUCAUUCUUGUAUCGGAUAUUGUCGGAAGUCAACUGAUUGGGGACGGAAUGGGAUAUCUGAUGUUAGCGUCUGGAAUAGGAACGUUCAUUGGGCCACCAUUAGGAGGUUACCUGAUAGAAAAGACAGGAUCCUAUGAAGUCGCCUUUUACUUCGGUGGAACUGCUACCUUGUUCAGCGGAGUAAUAUUGUUAAUCACUCCAAUCAGAGGUUGUUUUCAGAAGUCGAAGAAAUACAUCAUAUCAUCUGUUACCUGAAAUUUUUUUUUAAAAUGUUCGAAAUAGCUGUAAAUGUUUUCAUGUGUUGCAAAAAAAAAAAAAGAAACAAACAAAACCAUGCAAUGACUUUAUCGAUCGGUUAUAAAAAAAAAUGUAGAGAGAGAAAGAGACUGAAACACUGACCAUGCAUGAUUUAACGUUCAUUUAGGAAGCUGCACUUCAUCUUUUGCUCAACACAAAAAAGUUUUAUAUGUGCAGAAUUUAUUAAAUUGUACAGUUUUAUAUUUUUAAUCCUGAAGAUCAUUCAGGGGGUUUUGUAUAAAUUUUAAAUAAAUUUUAAAUGUAGAUCACUUCUAUGAAAGACCAGGAAAAAAACACCUUGGACCCCUUCACACUCCAAUCCCAAAAAAGAUACUAGUCAUCAUAUUUAAGAAGGCUCAAUACAAAUUUUAAAAUAUAUACACAUAUAAUUAAGAAUCUAUUUUUUUCUACAUUCACUAUAGAGUAUAAGAUAUUAUAGAGAGUAACUAAUAUAAAUGAUAUAAGACGAUAUGGCUGAAAUACUGCCCACUCGGCUAAAACAACAGAUAAUCAAUUAAUCUAUCAUAGCAUUACCAUAAAAAAUUUCCUCCGAAUAUAACUUUUUUGUCAAUAUUGUUUUUGCCAGUUCAUAAAAUAUCUUGAUAACGCCUUAUGCCUUGACUUGAUUGACGUUACAUUGAUAAUGUACAAGAGUGAGUUCAAAAACUGACCAGAGACAUAAAUAUCAACCUGAACUAAAAUUUCAGGCUAUGUGAAUAAAUUUCUAUAACCAG